AUGGCUGGUCAGGAUUCCAAUGAGCACUAUUACCAACAGCGAGAUGCCUCCGCCAACGACACUUUCCGCCCCUUGCCAACAAUGAUCCCCCGGAGGAAACCCGUGGGCGGCAGCGCGGAUCCGGCCCCGGAAGUCGGCUACCCUCUACAACCGGCACGCACAGUGUCAUCGCGGAGUCAGAUGCCGCAGCGCAUGGGCACUAUCAGUAGCGGAGGGAAGUUCACCGUCUCACCUGCCAGCUCGAUCCACGAGGACGAGGAUGAGUAUGGGGUGCCAACAGCACCAUCACUACCCUCGCCCCAGCACUACCGGGACCCGGCACAAGCCCAGUCGCAGGCCAGUUGGGGUGGAGGUGGGAUCGUCGAUAGCCAGGCGGGACUGUGGAAUCCCCAGCAUGCAACCGCCAUCGACGGCAAUGUCCGAGCCGAGGUUCCUCGCCUGUGGCAGACGGAGCCGGAUCCGAGCGAGAUCCCUUACCCUGAGACUCCGCACUGGCGAGGAAGCCGCGAGCUGCAGGAGCUGUACGAGGCGCGGGCACGGGCGCAAAAGGCAAGUCGGGGGCCCGCCCGGACACCGCACAGGCCGGGGGCGGACCUGCCACCUGCAUCCGUGCCGGUCUCCGUUUCCGUCCCGGCCCCGGCUCAUGCGGCCGGGAACCAGGUUCCUCCGCUGCCCUCUGCAGCGCCGUCAUGGCACAACCCGCAGCAGACGCAGCAGCCCAGAGGUAACGCACAGGGUGCGGGUAAUAAUGGCACCGCCCCGUUCAUGCACUACGAAAACCUGGACUAUUUCCUCCCGGCGCCCGACUCCGAGCCCAAGGAUGAGUCGCAGAUCGAUGGCGCGGUUCCUCGAGCCGACACCUUCCCCGAAGUUAUGGAGGGGAUGAACCGGCCAACGGCGAGGCGGUCCUGGGACCGGCAGCGCAAGCGGCGGAGGAAGAAGAUGGGCCCAGAAAAUGGGGAUGGAGGAGAGCACCGAGGCCGCGGGCGACAAGGAGGUUGCGGUGCGUGCUUCCGGUAUUGCACACACUGGCUGCCCGAGAUCAUGUGGUGUCUCGUCAGCAUUGCCUGUUUGGUGGUGAUCGUUGCAGUGCUGAAGACGUACGAUGGGCGAGGACUGACCGACUGGCCAUUAACGGUUUCGCUCAACACGCUGGUGGCGUUUCUGGUUGCCAUAUGCGAAGUUGCAAUGGCUGUACCCCUGGCCGAAGGGCUCUCGCAGCUGAAGUGGAACUCAUUCGCCCGGGGCGAAAAGCCGCUCGCAGAUUUCCAGACGUUCGAGGAUGCAAAGCGCGGGCCCGCGGGGAGCGCCAUGCUCCUCUGUAAGAGGAAGGGAAGGGCACUGGGCGUGGCUGCGGCCACGACGCUGCUAACGGGCUUCCUCGUCUCCCCACUGACCCAGGGCGCCAUUAGCUACCCAACGCGGACCGUCGAAGCAGGAGGCGGCACGGCCACUGUCGCCCGGAGCGAAUCCUACUCGCACCCGGCACCGUAUGCAACCCGCCUAUCAGAAACUCUGGACACGCGCGAGAAGCAAGCGAUACAGUCAGGUAUCUACCACGCAGUCGACGAGCAGCUGCCGGACCUGCAACCCGUCUGCAGCUCCGGCAACUGCGAAUGGCGCAACUUCAGCUCGUUGGCCGUCUGCGGUGCCGUGGCCGACAUAUCCGACAGGCUCACCAUCUCCAACCAAACCAGGGCACGGAGCCUGGGUAUCUCGCUCGGUGUCGCCAAUGACGAGCCAGCCCGCGAAGCCCGCCUCCCCAACGGCUUGUUUCUGGUCGGCAGCACCAGCACCUGCAACCUCAACAUUUCUUGGCCGCACCCCUCUGCCAACGCCAGCGGGGAUGCUGCGGUGGCAGACGGUCAAGAGAGUUUCCUCCCCGCUCGGACGAGCCUCGCCUUUUCGGACGAAGACGGCAGGGUGUCGAGUGCCAUCGCAAACUUCUUCCUUGUCUACACCAACCAGACGGCCGAAGUAGCCCUCGGUUCGCAGCAGGGGGUGUUCCGCGCCGCAGAGGUCCUGCUGCACUUUUGCGUCAACACAUACACCGUGUCAACGUCCCGUGGUCUGUCGAUCACUAAGCUGGUCCAUUCGUCCGCUCUUGCAGCCCAGGACACCCCCGUCGGCCUCCGGGAUGCGUCCACGCGCUCCCGGCGCGUGAUCUUGCGCGCGGCAAGCGACGUAGGCGUGUACUCGGUGAAGCGAGAUGAUGUGAAGCUCCUCAACGCCUACCUCCUAUCGCUGUUCUCCGGCACGUACUCCUCUCGUUACGGAAGGACGAUCGGCGGCGAGACGGCCACCAGCGAGGCCUUGGGGUUGUCCAUGUUCCGCGGUGGACUUGACGCCGAGGCUAUGCGGACUGUGAUUAACAACCUGACAACGAACGUGGCAACCAGCCUGACCAACACGCAAUUGGGGAGCCGAACUCCUCGGUGGCCAGAAACGACUCAGGGAGGCGUUACACAAAUCCGCGCCAUGAGCUCCACUUCCGAGACCGGCACCGUGCUUGCAACCGAGAGUUACGUUCAUGUCCAGUGGGCGUGGCUGUCGUUCUUAGCCAUCCAAAUAGCCCUCUCAGUCAGCUUCCUGCUGGGAAUCAUGGUCCAGACGGCCGUGUGGAACGUAAAGAUCCUCAAGGGAUCAUCCGCAGCCGCGCUGCUUGCUAUUCCCCCUGACGACAGGACAUAUCUGGAGGACCAAGAAAACAUAUUCCUGGACGAGUCCCGUGCUGCCAACACAGGAAGUCAAAUGACUCGGAAGCUGCAGACCGUUCUCGCCGUCGUGUACCAUUGGGUAUCUGGAUCGAUUGCAACAUGCAUAGGAGCCAAGGCCUUCACCUGCUACGGGUUGGCUGCCAAAUGCCUCACCCGCUCGCCGAAGUAA